AUGCAACCCCAUCAUAGUUAUCCUGAGAAAUCAUCAAUCAUAUAUCUAUUGUGUGGUUCAAACCAAGCAAAAUCCCAUUUGAGGUAUCAUUUUUUUGAGGAAGCGACGCUACUGAGUAACCACCAAAAUACAAACCUCGAUAGGGUAAAAUCCAAGGAUCUUUUGAAUCGUAGUCAGGAUAGAAAGAAUCAGAAUUUCCCAUAUAGAUUGGAUAAGAAUUCACAGAAUCAUAUUGGACAUUUGAAAUUUUAG